AUGGCGCCCACGUUCGAGCACCUCCGCGAGGCGGACCUUGACGAUGACGAGUUCAACGAGGAUGAGAUUGAUACCUCCGAUCUGCGAGAGAGAUUUGAGGUUCAACUCGAGCAAGGAUACGACACUUUCGUUGUCAUCGACGGCCUUCCCAAGGUUAACGAGGGCCAGAAGCCCAAGCUGGUCAAGUUCUUACUGAAAAAGCUCAACACCGUCGGGAAGGGUAUUAGAUUCGCAUUCGUCGAGUACUCCUCCCCCGCUGAGGCGGCCGCCGCGACAAGACAGUUGGAUAUGGUUCCUCUCGACAAGAAGCACACUCUGCGCGUGAACAAGAUGACCGACAUCGAGCGAUACGGCCGAGAAGGACGCGUGGACGAGAAGUACCAACCCCCCCACAUCGACGAGUUCACAGAGAAGGAGCAUCUCCGAUGGUUCCUUAAGGACCCCUCCGGUCGCGGUCGAGAUCAGUUCGUGAUGUACAACAACGAGUCCGUGGGCGUGUACUGGAACAACGAGAAGGACCAGCCCGAGAAUAUCGUCGAUCGUCUCCACUGGACCGAAACCUUUGUGCAGUGGUCCCCUCUCGGCACCUACUUGACCUCCAUCCAUGCCCAAGGUGUCCAGCUCUGGGGCGGCCCCUCCUGGUCUCGCCAGGCCAGGUUCGCACACCCUUAUGUCAACCUGGUUGCUUUCUCCCCCCAUGAGAAGUACAUGGUGACUUGGUCAAACCGACCCAUCUCCAUCCCCGAUGAAGGCCACCCUGCUCUCUCUAUCGACGAUGAUGGAAAGAACUAUGUCAUUUGGGACAUUGCCACCGGUUCACCUCUCCGAUCCUUUGCCAACCUCGAUGCCCCCAAAGUUGAGGACGGUCGCCCUCCCCCAAAGAUGCAGUGGCCUGCCUUUAAGUGGUCUGCGGAUGACAAGUACGUCGCUCGCUUGAACCCAGGACAGUCCAUCUCCGUCUAUGAGCUUCCCCGCAUGAACCUUCUCGACAAGACUAGCAUUAAGAUCGAGGGAGUUGUUGACUUCGACUGGGCUCCUUCGAGCCCUCACCGGGAGGGUGUCAAGACCUACGAACAGCUGUUCUGCUACUGGACACCCGAAAUUGGCAGCAACCCUGCCAAGGUUGGUCUGAUGAGCGUUCCCUCCAAGCAAAUCGUGCGAACCCUCAACCUUUUCAGUGUCAGCGAUGCUAAGCUCCACUGGCAAUCCGAGUCAGCCUACCUUUGCGUCAAGGUUGAUCGUCACUCCAAGUCCAAGAAAUCCCAGGCUACCACCCUGGAAAUUUUCCGAAUCAAAGAGAAGGGCGUCCCUGUUGAGGUAGUUGACACGAUCAAGGAUACUGUCAUCAACUUUGCGUGGGAACCCAAAGGCGAUCGAUUUGCGAUCAUCACUACAACGGAGCCUGCUGGCCCCACCGCCGUUGCCCCCAAGACGGCGGUUGCGUUCUUCUGCCCCGAGAAGGCCAAGGGCCCUCAUGCCGGCAACUUCAAGCACCUCCGCACGCUUGAUAAGAAGAACAGCAAUGCCAUCUAUUGGUCUCCCAGGGGCCGGUUUGUGGUCAUUGCCACCGUCCACAACCAGCAGAGCUCGGACCUCGACUUCUUUGACCUCGACUUCGAGGGUGAGAAGCCAGAGGCUGAGAAGGACAUGACCGCGAAUCUGCAACUCAUGAACACCGCCGAUCACUACGGAGUAACGGAUGUUGAAUGGGACCCUUCAGGUAGAUUUGUCGCUACCUGGGCAUCAGUGUGGAAACACUCGAUGGAAAACGGCUAUCACAUCUACGAUUUCAAGGGUGAGGCUCUGAGGGAAGAGCCCGUGGACAAGUUCAAGCAGUUCGCCUGGCGCCCGCGACCUCCUACUCUGCUGACCAAGGAGGAGCAGAAGGCUAUCCGCAAGAACCUGCGUGAAUACAGUCGCGUGUUUGAGCAAGAAGAUGCCGACCGUGGCGCCUCUGCCGAUUUGGCAGUGGUCGAGGCCCGUCGCAACAUGCUCAAUGAGUGGUACGCAUGGCGCGAGGAUAUGGAGGCCGAGCUGGCCGAGGAGCGUGCUAUCCUCGGCCUGCCGGAUGAUCCUCAUGCCGCUCUCCUGGAGGCCAAGACCAAGUCAAUAGAAGGAUAUGACAAGGAGACGGUAAUCGAGGAGAUUGUGGAGGAAGUGUUGGAGGAAUCGGAAGAAAUCAUCACUACAUAG